GCGAACACCGCUUUGUAGUACUGGGUUUUUCUUAUCAUUAAGUAUAGCUAUCUGUCUGCUCAUAAUCUAGUUCUCUCUUGAACUGUCAGUAAGUCAAAAUGGAUGCAAUGACGCCAUAGUCGGACCGCAGUCCACUGCCCCGUCUCUCUACCCUCAGGCUAAUAUACUUAUGUAGUCUGUAUUUGUCUUCCAUGCCACUCGUUUCUCUUUCACCACUACUUUCAUCACCAUGCCCAACAUUACAGACAUACCGGUGGAAAUAUUCUUAGACAAUCUCCUACCAAUCUUACCCGUUUCUGACAUCUUGCGGCUAGGAUGCACUAACCGUUUCUUUUACCUUUUGACUAACGAUGAACCAUUUUGGCAUCAGAGGCUCCAACGAGAUUUCAACUUCCCUAGCUCGGAUACGGCUAGAACAACGGGAUGGAAAUUCAUAUAUAAACGUUUGACGAAUCCGAAGGUCUAUGUUUGGGGGGAAGCAUCCCAUUCAAGACUGGGGAUAGCGCAUUUACCCAUCCAGAAUCUUCGAGACGGCGUACCAACCCCUCAGCAUUUGAAGUUGCAAGGCGUGAAAGUAGUCAGUUUAGUGGCAGGUGGUUGGUCGUUCCAUGCCAUUGAUUCGAAUGGAAGCGUAUAUGUUUGGGGUGUUAUGGACGGAACGGGGAUUGCCUUGAGAGGCGACGGCUUCUCUGAGGCCUCCAAGGUUGCCAACUUUCCUAUGAGGUUAGCCUUGCCGUUGCCUGUUCGUUCUGUAAGCUGUGGUCGCCUUCAUGCUGCUGCUUUUGAUGCUACUGGACAUGUUUGGAACCUGACAUCCUGGGGUAGACCUUUCCGUCUUGUCUCCGCCCUUCUCGAUCAAUCAUCUCCGGAUUCAACCCCCAUCCAAGUUGAGUGUGGUUGGUCGUUCACAUCUGUGCUUACAGAAUCUGGAGACGUGAUUGUCUGGUGGCCCAAGGUGGGUGAAAUGUUCGAGCGCGUUCGAGCAAAGAACGAAGAGCUGGACGAACACGACCCGCAAUCAAAGGCACAACCAGCACUUGAAUUUAAUCGUACUGGCGGUCAAGGUUCAUCUAAUUAUAUUCCGUGUCAUGUUUGGGACUUGGUCAUGGAUCCUGUACGACUUCCUCCCAUUCCCCUUGGUUCAUUUCCGCACCUUGAACACACUGGUCUCUCGCAUGAGGUGCAGCAGCAGGAAACCAAGCUCACCAAGAUUGCCUCAAUGGAUAACAUCGUCAUCGGGUUGACUAACAAAGGACACAUUCUGCGUUAUGCGAAACUCUACAAUGAGAUCGAGUAUACGCAGGGUCGUUGGGAAUAUUUGCCGUAUUUCAGCGAUCUCGCCAAGGUGCGAGAGUGCGCUCCUUUCGCAGAAGACUCAGAAGGCCGGUUGGAAGCUCCACAGGCGAUGUAUAUCAAUCAUAUAUCCGCUCACUUCAGAACAUUCAUCGCAUACUCUACGGGAGACCAGUCUGUCGUUCUUAUGGGCAAAAUCGACACCGAUGACCCUGUCAUCCCGGCCCCGGACAAUGUCAGACCCAUCAUCCACCCUAACCUUCAAUUCAAAUCCGUCAUCUCUGUCGUCCUAGGGGACUAUCAUUAUGGUGCUCUCACUUCCACUGGUAAAAUGUUUACUUGGGGCGCAUAUUCGAAAGGUGCGUUGGGUUUAGGUGAUCCAACGAAGAUCCAGCCAGGCCAGCCUGGUGGAUUUAUCAAUGAGCAGCAGAGACGGGCUGUCACUGCUGCAGGGUCUCUAAUCGCGAGGGUUCCCGAUGUAGGAGUGCCUACGGAGGUGAAGUUUGAAAGGGGCAGACAGACGUUCUGUUUUGCCGCUACGGCUGCUGGGUGGCAUACGGGUGCCCUUGUCAUUGAUUUAGAUCCGGACACGGAAGAGCGCGAGGAAGUGGAAGAGGAACCAAUGCGCGGAUCCUUCCCUCCUACUGGCCCAGAGCGCAGGUUCGAUACGGGCAAUCCGUUUACAGGCCAUCGUGGCCUUUUGCCCUUCCGCGUUGGCUUUGCAGGGAGAGGUUGGGGAAGGGCGAGCCCAAGGUAAAGCGAAAGGUCGGAGAUAACAGAAAGCGUAAGAAACGAAUGCACGAACGCGAAUGGAUUUGUACACUAGAACACUGGAUUUGGCAUAUAGGAUGGAAGGAAAUGGAUUAGUGUAUAAUGAUAAGAUCGCAUUCUCAAAGCAGAAGCAGGCAUAUCAGAUAUGAAUAGAUACGAGCGUACUUCUCAUUUUUGGUCCUCUACCCUUCCAACUCAGCCAACUUCUUUUUAUCAAGCUUCAGCUCGUCAUCGGCCUCAGCAUCUCCUAAGUCCGCUGCGUCGGAAAUACGUUCUCUACUACCUUCAGGGAACGACGUUGCAUCGAAGCGCUUUCGCUCUCUGAACGGAUUGGGCCUCUUCACGCCCAUCUGAAUAACAGCCUCCUCAGGAAUCUUUCCAGUCGGGUUGAAGUACGAGAGGUCGUUGCCUACAAUUCACAUCAUGGGUAGAAAAAAAUGAGCCGUCUACGUACAUGCCAUCUCGGUCCUCGACGGCUCUCAUCCCCGAAUAGAUGAACUCCUGCUUGAACUUGUCAAUUUCGGCCCUAUGCACUUCGAAGUCGAUUGUUGGUCUGUAUUCUGGAUCUUCAGGUGUCUUGUUCUCUCGCAAAGGCUCGGUCUUUUUAUUGUAAGAGUUGAAGAGUGGGUACUCGAGAAGUAAUCCUAGGGCCGGCAUACGAGGGAUAAAUAGCUGACGGAUGCCAUAUAACUGUGUAGUAGGUUGGGUAAGUGGGGAAAUGGAGGUCGAUAGUCGAUACGAAGGAAAUUACCUCGGAGAUGACUUCGGCGGGAGUCCCCGUUCGAGCUAUGAGGAUCAAUGCUGCUAUCAUUUUACGCUGGAUGGUUUAUAGUGAGUCUACCGGUAAAUGUGUCACAUUUCUCCAGACCUACAAUCUUUGAUUCGUGUGAGCAGGGACGCAUAAUAA